AUGGUCCAGGUGCAGGUCCCUGGCACCUGCCUCCUCUGCGGCCAAAAUACGAAAUUCCUCUCGUCUCAUUUCGCGCAAACGCACUCUACCCACUCAUUCUUUCCGCGCGGCGCCCGCUGCCCUUGUGGACACGUCGCCAGCGUUCUCGACCUUCGAAAGCAUCAAGAUGCGACGCCGUUGUGCCGGUUGAAAUAUCGCGACGACGCGACUCCGCCGCCCCGCGAGGUUCCUCCCCCGAGCAAGGUCGUCGUUGAGCUCCCGUCACCCCGCACCGCCGACUGGAGAAGGCAAUAUUCGCACGCCAACGCGCUCCUUCGUAAACGUGAGCGCGAGGCCAUCGAGACUGUAACUGCUCGUGAGUUGCCGCUGGAACAAGAACGACGGCGAGAACAAGCCCUCCACGACCUCCGGACCCGCGAUCCCACCCAGUACUCGCGCACCGCCGCCUAUGUCCUGCUUGACGACGCGUACGGCAGCCAGCCGAAGCGUACGCCCAGCGAGGCCUCGACAUACACACCGUCCGGCGACGAGCGCGAGGCUCACGGCGGCGGCACCGACAGCAGUAGCAGCAGCAGCUUCACGAGCGGCUCCGAAUCUUCCGCUGAGGACACCGACGCCAACCCUAGUGCCCGCCGCCGACGAGCCCUAAACAAGAGGGCCUUACAUCGUGCGCCCGGGCGCUCUGCGAGUACGGGGCGUCGCCGGGCUUCGCCACCGGGGGCCGUAGACGACUUCUCGGACGACAGCGACCUCUUCAACCGGGACGAGUACGAUUAUGACGUCAAUGCCGCCGCUGUCGACGACGCGGGCGCCGCCAGCGAUGGCCCCGAGGUUAUCAACCUGGUCGAUAGCAGCGACGAGGAAGACAGUGGGCGCAGGCGCCCCGGUCUCACGCCCUCCGUGCACUCACAGCCUGCUACUUCGGCACGAGCCGCUAAGAAGGUGGACGAGUACUGCAGUAUGUGCAUGAAGGUAUACGGCACGCCCAAGGAACUCUACAUGCACAUGAACAAGGUGCACGACCAAAUGCACAUCAGCGAGGACGACUUUACGAGCAAGAAGCUCUUUGCUUGUCCUUGCGGGCGGGUCUGCACCCUCCGAGGUCUCACACGCCAUCGCGAGCUCACGUGUACGCUCAGCGAGGCCGCGCGAAAGCGAGACGCUGUCUCGGGACUCGAGGCAAGGCGCAGGGCGCUAUAUGACGUGCCAGCGCCAGGGGCCGGCACCACCGGGGACGACGGCGCUGGGGGCGGCGGCGCUGUUCACAGAAACGCCAGCGGAAACAGGAGGCGGUCCGGCACCUGCAACAUCUGCAACAAGCACAUGGACGACCUGUACUGGCAUAUGCGCGAGCAUAACCAACAGGGCCGCCAUCUCGUGCCCGGAGAUGUCACGGCUGAGCACUUUGAGGUCUGUCGUUGUGGCAAGAUCCGUGGCCUCACAAAAAUGGCGCAGAUUAUGCACGACAAGUUCUGCCCGUACGGCGGUCCUGACUCGAGAUCGCCUGUCUCCGCACACCCGAAACCGGUCGAGCCUCGCCGACCUGCGGUCUUGCAGACAGCGCCCGACAAGCACUUCGGCCGCUGUAACAUCUGCAAGCGCGAGGUGAACGACGUUUAUCAGCAUCUCAGGAACUACUCCAACCGCCGUCUCAAGCCCAAGCACAUCACCUGCGACACAAUGCAGAUCUGCCGCUGUGGGAAACCAAAAGCUCUGACCGAGGUGGGCUUGAGAAUGCACGACGCCCGCGGGUGCCCCUACGCCGCGGGGAAGGAUUCCUCACCAGACUCAGCGCCGGAAACUGAAGCAGAGCGGGGUGCAGAUCCUCCGGCCGACGUCGUAAUUAGGUACCCCAGCGGGAACAAGAAGUACCCCGGGACCUGCAACAUCUGCGAUCGCCAUUGCACCGACCUGUACAUGCACGUAUUCAAGAGCCAUAGCAACAGGCGCCUUCGACCUGGCGAUAUCACCUGCGAUACGCUUGUGAUCUGCCGCUGCGGCAAGACCAGGGGCUUGACUGAGCGUGCGGUGGAGAUCCACAACAGAACAUGCAAGUACGCGGGGCGCCCGGCUCCUCCCCCUGCACCCACUCGCCUUCCUGUCGCAGCCGCCGUUGCCUCUCCCAGUACUGUCGCUCCGCCAAACGACGCUCGAGGCGGCACCUGCAACAUUUGCCGGACAACCGUCAGGUGGCUUUACAACCACGUGAAGGACGUUCAUGCAGGUGAAGUCUUGCGCCCAGGAGACAUCACUGCCGAUUCAUGGAUGGUGUGCAAGUGCGGCAAGAUGCACGGUGUCACGGAGGGUGCUAUCCGGAAGCAUGCGACGUCCUGUCGGCUCGCCGGCGGUCUGCGGCUUCCGCAGGCGUCCAAGUCAACCGAGUCCCCUUCCGAUAUCGAGCGCCCCGCCAAGCGCCCCUGCAGGUCCGAGUCCGACACAGCAUCAGACCCGGAGGACAGGGAGCCACCCAAGGAUGUCUCUGUCGAUGAGGAGGGCGGGCCCACGUUUGCGCCCGGCCCUGAUUUGACUUCGCCCUUGUCGUCGCCUGCAGCUGGCGCCUUGGACGAUGAGAGCAGCGACGCCGAGCUCGCGAGCGUCAGGGAACGUGCCAAGGGCAAGCGCAGGGGUCCAGCGACGACAUCUGAAGCGGAGGCCUUCGAGGUCGAGGAUGAGGAGGGGCUGACUCGUGUGAGCGCGAGCUCGAGACAGAAGCUCCUUGCCUCUCAUUCGCAUCUCGCCACCUCGGGUAUCGAGGAUGUCGCCGAGGAUGAGGAGGGCUGGCCAGAGCCCAGUACCCGUUCGUCGCAACGUAAGGACCUCAUCCCGAACAGUGUCGACGAGGACGCAACGCCGUCGCGCGUCAAGCGCCCACGUACAUCCCGAAUCCGUGACCCGGAUGAUUCUGUGACUGAGGAGGAGUCCCGCCCCACUGGCAAGCGUCUGUCAAAGGACACCGUCGAUCUUCUCAUGAAGCGCCGCCAAUAUCGUGAGGAGCACAGUGACUCGCCUGACGGCCCAGUUGAGGGCGGAGACUACCGACCCAAGAAGAAGGCCAAGAAGAGUGCAAAGAAGUCCGAGAAGGAGAUCGCAAAGGGGUCGAAGCAGACUGCGAGAAAGACAUCGAGGGACCGGCGCUGGGAAGCUGAAGCUGAGCGCUCCAUGUCUGCGCGUGGUGAAUCACCCGUCCCCGAGCACGUCAGCCCUCGUAGACGUGUCUUGACGCGCACACCUGCCUUCUCUGUGGCCGACAGCGACGAGCCCGCCUCGCGUGUCGCCUCCCCCAACGUGCCGGCCGUUGCCACUGUCACCACCGGCGACAGAGCGGCGCGUUCAGGACCAAGUUGGGCAGCGCAUAACUCGCCUCCUGCCGACAUCGAGAAGGACGCUGAGGAGACGGAGGAGAUCCUGACGACUCAGUCGACGAUGCCGUCGCCUCGUAUUGAGGUUCGUAUCAAGUCCAUCAAGACCCUUCCUGUUAAGAACGCUGUCAAGAAGAGCGUGAAGCCGCAAACCUCUUCUACGCGCAUGCGCCUGAGUGGGAUCGACAUUCCCCCACACCCCAAGAAGAAGGAGAAGAAACGCCCCCGCCAUUCCGUUCCUGCUUGA